CCAAAAAUUAUCCACGUUUUUCCAUUGUCAUUUAGCAUGCUUUUUGGCCAUUUCCAUUUGCUGUAAUUUGAUUGGAAUUCUCGGUUGUCCAUCUCUGUUAGAAUAUGAAUUGGUGCAAAAUACCGCCUAGCAAAGUAUGUUUUGAGGGAGCCAACCAACAUGGUAAAAGAUGGUUGAAGAUUGUGAGGGAGCCAACCAACUUGGUAAAAGAUGGUUGAAGAUUGUGCGUGUGUGUGAGAGAGAGAGAGAGAUUGUCUCCGAAAUCUCGUGUUAUAAAGGAGGUUAUUUACAAAAGCUCUUUCAAACUGCAUCCUAGUAAAGGAAGGUGGAAAUCCGGAGACAAGUAGCCCACUUUGGACUUUUGGAGUUUGGAUUCCCCAUUAAAACACAGAAAUUGUAGAUGAACAUGAAUUAGAAAUAUUGUCCAACCAAAAGAAAGAAUGUAAUCCAAUUAAGAAUGAUGGCUAGGAAGAAGCAGAAACUUCCUUUUGCCCAGGUCAACUCUUUCCAAGAAUGAUAAGAUAUUGCCUUCCUUUUCCUGCUUGUCUUUUUGAGUGCUGAGUGUUCAGAGGUGCCAUGAGUUUGAUGUCUCCCCAUGAAAGGGUUCCCUGAUUCUGUUGCUUGCAUAGUGCUGGCAACCCAAGGAAAGAUUCUUUUAUGCUUUCACCUUAAAGGUGCCACCCCUGCUUGUCUUGUUUGCUGCUUUGCUUCUCAGAAGCAGUGGGACUUCAUAGCUCUGCAGGAGGCCUACAUUGAUUGAAAGACCAAACCGUUAAAGAGUGUGAUUGUCACGACCUAGCUUAUUACAAUCUAAAAUAGGCAAAAUGAAAUCAACUAAAAUAGUAGGACCAUGUCUACUAGCCUUCAAUUGCUUGAAAUAAUCAGGAACAAAAGCCAAAAAAGAUGGCUAGAGGCACUCCAUACUUGUAAAGCCAGAAUGAAUGUAGGUCAUUCAAAGUUGAACACUUAACUAAUUACACUGUAAGUAUUCAUAAUUACUAAUUUUAAACCAAAAGAACAGCAUAAACGGAGGGAUUGGACCAACAUAAAAAGGUAUUCAACCU